CAGUCCAGUGACUUUGUGAUCCACGUGGAACAUAUGGUGUUUUCCACAAGACAGUGCUCAUUCCCUUGACUUUGGAUUUCACUCACAGAACCCGCGAAGGGCCAGGGUUGCUAAGAGACCACCCGCGCCACAUGCACUUUGGUCUAGCAACGGCAGACCCAGCAAAGACCAAGGAGCAGUCACCUCCCACCACCGGGGAUUGUUCAGGCACCAGGAGUAUUCUGAGUAUGACUGGGAAAAGCUGGAUAUUAAUUUCUACCACCACUCCCCAAAGUCUGGAAGAUGAAAUUGUGGAAAGACUUCUAAAAGUCUUAUUUGUUUUAUUUGUAGACCUAAUGUCUAUGGUGUAUGUUGUUGUAACUUCUUAGAAAGCCUCUUUGCUUUCCAUGUACAUUUCAAAUUGAAUUCCAGUGAAUAAAAAUGUGUAUUUUAAUA